CGGAGGCCACGGGGGCAGGGCGAGUCUGCCAGACAGCUGGACCAGGGGCGCCCUCUGUUGGGGCAUGGAGAAGAUCUUACGGGAAUGAAGACUUGCAGAACUCUGUGGCAAGCGGCGCUGGUGAUGCUGCUUGUCUGCGCGCGAGAUCCCUGUGCCGGGAGACGACAUACUAGACAAGUUAACAAUUGGUUCGGCUCUCCUCGCGGCACAUAUGAGGGCUCCACUGGAUAUGAGGAUAUCACACCUGGGAUCCGACCUAUUGGGGGAUAUGACGCGGAAUAUCCCACUGUUGGAGCACUGAUCGGCGGAAGACCAUUGCGAACCACCACGACUUUGGGUCGCACCAGGCCAGAUCCAGCCGUUGUAUUCGGAGCGCAGACAAAGAAAAGGCGCUGUCUCCUGUACAACCGUUAUGGGUUAUGCUUGUACCUGUCGAAGUAUUGAGGUCACCUGCCCGCCUGCCGCAAGAUGUCUGGCUUGUUUGAAUUAUUAUGUUUGUUCAGAAAGGACAUAAGAUACUUUGUUUCACCCGUGAAAAUUUUACAUCAUUCAUCCUUUAAAAAAAAUACCUUAAAAUUAGAUACAGUGACCACAUAUGACUCGUUUCUGGCUGAAAGAGGUGGAGGCAUUCGAGGUGAGGUCGAGAGGACUGCAGCUGAGACUUGGCAUAAAGAGGUGCGAAUUCAUAGAUAGAAUGAAAAUGGGUACAGGAUCAAUGUUAUCCCCUACAGGUACAUGGUGCUGGCUUGAUUUGGAUUGGAGGAGAACACAGGGAGAGUCAGGGGGUGAUUCGUUUAUAAGAACUGACAAUUUAGAACUGAUAUAAUGUCCAUGCAGUAAGUACAUGUUCAGGACAGCAUUGUGGCUACCCUCCUUGUGUGUUUCAUGUUGCAGUGCCCAAGUAAAACAGAUUCACACACAGAUUUAUCAAAAUAUAGUACAGAAGUGUAAGAUUUUACAUUAGUUAAGUGUCAGGGAAUUUUGUAACGCUUUUAGAUCUAUAAAAAGUAAUUCCAUCAAUUCCGCAA